AUGCCUAGUAUGGAUCCUCAAAAGACCGAAACGCAUGUGGCCGAGACUCUUGGCAUCAGCAUCGGCAGAGCUCGAGCCCUCCUCCGAAGCAACAACCACAAUGUUGACGAGGCGAUCCAAUCGUACCGCAAGAUUAUCGUGGCUUUGCCUCUACCGCCUCCGAAGCCCAAGAUGGAGAAUCAACACACCGCUUUUGAUUCACAAGCGAACGAAGAAGAUGUGUUGGACUCCGUCACGGCUAGUCCAACGCCUUCAUCGGAGACCUCGACCUCAGACUCAGAAGAUGACCCUGUCGAGUGGAACUUCGCUCUUCCACGCGUUCCAGCUCCCGAGAUACUCACAAACGGAGGCGAAGAUGGAAGUGGCAACUUCUUCCUCAAUGAGCUCGUCGGAGCCAUCCAGGAGGGAGAGAGCUGCGAGAGAGUCCGAAACUACCUGGCUUUCUAUGACACCGACGCAGUACGAGCACAGAUUAACACAGCUAUCGAAGGGUUUCCAGCAGUCUUCUACGUUGCAGAGACGCGUAACGCCGAGCUUAUCAGGCUUUGGUGCAAGUAUGGCGGAGACGUCAACAUGACUGCCUCCUCUGGACUGUCUAAGGGCGUGCCAUUGCUUGCCUAUGCUGUAGCUUUGGGCGGUUCAUUCAGCAACGACACCACUGAUCUAGUCGCUACACUGCUCAGUGUUGGUGCAAACCCGAAAGUUCUUCCCAUGGCUUUCUACUUCCCUCUCACACGAGACCUGGCUUCCGACGGUCCAUCACUCCAAGAGAUGCCUGAACUGACGCAAGAUGAGAUGUCAUGGUGCACUCCAUCUGCGCGAGCUCUGAUUGCCGAUCGCAUAAACUACAGGCAGCGGUACUACAUGCACAUGGCCAGCAUCCUCAAAUCCCACGGAAAUCGAGCCAAACAGGUGACGUGGUACAAGGAUGCAGACAACCUCCUAGGCGUUCCCUAUUUUCUCAUCGGACAAACACCAGCGGGACAGUUCCUCAUCAAGCGACUCCUUCGUCAUCUCGCGAAGCCAUCCAAAUCGCCCUUAGUCAUGGUCUUCGCUGGUCCGUCUGGUCACGGCAAGACAGAGCUUGCCCGGCGGCUCGGAGAACUCGUGUCCCUUGAGAUGGAGAUUGUUGAUUGCACGAACAAGAGCGAUGAGAAGGAGAUGUUCGGUGCGAGAGCUCCCUACCAGGGUUGGGAGAACAGCUCCCCGCUGAAUAGCUUCCUGGCUCGAAAUGCUGGAAAGAGAUGCAUUGUCUUCGUGGAUGAAUUCGAGAAGACGACCAAGGGAGUUCACCAAACGUUGCUGCUUCCAUUCCAGAACGGUGAAUACGAAGACAGGAAGGCCAAGGCGACCGUGGACUGUUCUAAGGCGAUCUGGAUUCUGGCCACUAAUGCCUUUGAUGACACCAUCCACGAGUUUUGCAAGAACAAUCAAGCAAGUCUCUUUCAAUCUACAGGCCAGGCUGCCUCGGAGAAACUCGUCAAAGGCCUUUGCAAGACUCUUCGAACCGAGUCUAUCUCAACCUUCGGCGCACCUCUGACAGGACGUAUCACCGAAUUCGUCCCGUUCUUGACCUUCUCGGAAGCAGAACAGGCUGCCGUGGCCCACAAGUACUUGACGGAGCUUGGCAAGGAGCUCGCGAAACCGGUGGUCAUCACGCGCGAAGAGGAGAAACAACGGUUCGUCGGUGACAUUGAUCUGCAGAUCCCCAAGGACUACUCCGUUUGUCGGAUCAUCGCACAGGACGAGUAUGUGGAGCAGCUGGGAGCGAGAAGCGUCAUAAACGGUGUGAAUCGGAUGAUCGAGGGCGAGGUAAUUGAUCACUACCUCGAGAUGGAUGACGAGAUCAAGGAGGGCCAGGGUAUCACCACAUAUCGUGUGCAGUCCAACGUGGACAACGACAUUGAGGUGUGUUACGUUCGACGGAGCGCACCUAGCGUAGGGAGCAUUGAGCAAGAGGUCAGCUCAGAUGUGUCGAGCAAUCGUUCAUAG